CAAGGCAGUGUGUGUAUGUGUGUGUGCGUGUGGAGGAGGAGGCAGGGAAACCCAUGACUUCCGUUUUUUCCUGUCUGAAACUGCGUACACCUACCGUGUAUAAAACCCAUCAUGGUGUCUAGACUCUUAACAUUCACUCUAAGAGCUGGACCACCACAAGCCCCGAGCUGUGAGAAAACGGACGGACCAUUUUGUGGAGUUUGAGAAGCCAACUAUUGGACCUACACCAACUUUGACAACUUGCAUUCUCCUAAGGCUCAGACACCCUCCAGCGGAUUAAUGCCACAACAAAAUACAGAAGUGGACGUCGAGUCUCUCCAGAAAUGCGACCGCCGGCGUGGAAGCUGUCUGGAUGUGUUUCUCGUCUCGUCAGUCAUUUUUCUGUUUACCGCAGUCGCCGCUCUGGCUGUCGCCGGAGUGAUGGUCGUGAAGGAGCUGAGGUCCCAACAGCGGCCAUCCUUCCAGAUGCCUGAAUUUGGCACCGCAAGUUUGAUAGGGGGCACACCUUCUCCAGCGUUUAAGAUGCAGAACUUUGCUUAUCUGGAGCCCACUUCAGCUUCAAUUGAGCUGCUGAAUGCCACUUUGAACUGGACUCCAGUCCAUUACGGAGAAGGCACCUCUUUAGGAAGCAACUAUGAAUUCAACAAUGACCAGUUUUCCCUGAAGCCAAGGCGGGAGGGGUCUUACUUUAUGUACAUAAAUCUCAAAGUCACCUGCAUAGCUAAAUGCAAAGCAGGAGUCCUCAACCUCAAUGUGGCCAACAAGUUGACUUGUGACGUGGAGCUUUCAGCACAUAAAACAUCUGUGAGCAAGAAAUGCUGGACUGUGAGCCCAUUGCUUGGGGAGAGCAUGGUCAUCAAGAUGACUGUUCCAGAAGAGGGACUACAGAACUGGAAGCUGGAUAUGCCUGACUCAAGUUUUGGGAUAUUCCUUGUAGACUAAUGUGGACUUUGAAGUGUUUACUUCAGUUAAAAACAUGGACAUGUGCUUGUGACCUCAGGUUGCAAAUAGAAGAACUUCACUGUUUUUUUUUUUUUUUUUUUUUUUUUUUUUGUUUUGCUUUUUUUGUUUGUUUUUUUUGUAUGUUUGUUUUUUUGUUUUUUUUUUUUGUUUUUUUGUUUUGGUUUUUUAUGUCAGUGCUCAAGAUGGUGAAAAAAGAGCAGGUGCUUAUGACACUUUUAGAGUUAUGAUGAAGUUUCCUUCCAACUGGAGGUGCAAGAUACCUAGAGAUUUUAAGGUGGUAUUUCAGGAGAAUUUUAAUUUAUAAUCAUUUAAACAUGGUAUGAAAAAGACUUUAAACAGACCUCUAUGUGUAAAUAUGUUUAUAUGUUUUACAGUAUAUUUAUUUGAUGAUAUGCAGUUAUUUAUGUACAAGUAUUUAUAAUGAUGUUGCUAUACUUAUACGGAAAAAUGUAUUGUGAUGUAGAUGCCACUACGUUUUUUUUUUUCUUUUUUUUUUAUUGAAUGUGCAAAACACUCUGGGUUUAGUGUGACUCUAAUUCUGAUUUAACUCCAUUUAUAAAUGGGGGAUGGAGUUGUAUAGAAAAAUUAUGUGGGUCAACACCAACCCAACAAGGGUUUCAUGUACCAAAGAACCACUGUAGUCAUUAUUGGACACUUACUCUCUUCUGGAAAAUGAUAAGUAACAUUAAUUAGUGCAACUUUCACAUGAACUUCAAUUAAAAUAUCAGAAUACGUUAAGCAUCUUUGUAUUUCUUUGUUUUGUUAGGGGCAAAGUACAUUCAGUAUGGGACUUAGGAGGUUCAAAAAUAUUUUGCUCAUAGAAAAUAUGUAAGUCCUAUGGACAAACUGAUCAAUGUUUAAUGUACUGUAUGUAUUUCAUUGUCAUCCCUAUUAAAUGUGGAUAUAAGGAAAA